AAACUUGACAAGUGUUAUCUGGUACCCAAGUACCUACAAAGUACUAAUUACAAAUACACGCAAAAUUUAAAAACACAGAACCUCGUUAGAGUCAAAAUAUUAUUUGCACAGAACACUGUCUAAAAGUGAAACUGAAAGAAGCUCUCGGUAGAAACUUAGAGACAGAGAGUAGUAUUUUAUUUUUGUCAUAAGUCUCGAAAACAUCUUGACCGUGUGAUUCCGUAUAUAAACACUCAAAAUACUUCUAUAAUAUUUUGUAUUUGUGAAUUGAAGACAGUCAAACGUUAUGAAAAAUUAUGUUUCCGUCUAAUCACAAAACUAUAUUUGUUCUCGAUCAUACACCAUACUUUGGUAUUUCUUCAGAUUAUCCUAUAGACUUCGACGUGUCGAAAAGCCGGGGUCCAGGAUACGUGCCAUUGCCACCGAUCUGCAAAUCUCUUUGGACUUGUAGUGUGGAAGCUUCCGUAGAGUAUUGCCGUAUAGUUUGGGAUUUAUUCCCUGAAGGAAAAUUGGUGAGAUUUGUUGUGAGUGAUGCAAGUGCACAUGUACUUAACAACUGGACACCUUCACAACAGAACCUAAAUCACAUUCUUAAUGGCCUAUCUCUAGUUGGUCCUGUGAGAAGGGGCGCCGGCGGUGAUGUUGUGGGGUUGUGUGCUGCCAUAGAUUCUUUAGCUGAGCCGUCACCAAUACAAGCUUCUCGACCACCAACAGAGAGGCUAUUUGAAAACCGUGGAAGAAUAAUAUGUAUUACAAGUGCAAGAGAUGAUGAUUCAAUUAGAAGUCUUGCUGAAAUAGCACUGAAUACAUUAGUACAACAAAACAAAAAGGCUUCUGCAGUCCAGCCUCCGACAACUACAGAUUCAUCUGCACCCCCACAGUCGUUAGUUAUACACUAUUGCCAUCUACUCAUUAUAAAUGUAACACCAGAAAAAGCAGAGACAAGAGUUAAUAAUCAGCCGACAACUGAGAUGGGCGGCGGUUUAAUGGGCGUGGAAGUUAUAGUUUGUAGAGCGAGCGCACUUGCCAAUCUGUUGGGCCGGUUGGUUUUGCCGCAUUAUAAGUUAGCUGUCACUACCGUCACUGGAAUCCCCAUGAAGGAGGAACAAAAUGCCAGUUCAAGUGCAAAUUACGACGUAGAGAUAAUCCACUCGGCGGAUGCUCAUGCCGGCUUGAGAGCAACACAAACUGCUGCUGAAGCCAGUGAGUCUGUGGUGUUACGUUGGUGGACUCCGCGGGGUGCUGAGGGGGGCGCCGGGGGCUGCAACGGAGCCCUAUGGCGUGUCACCCCCGCGGACGUCGCGUCCAGACCCUCCGCUUGUCUGGUCAACUUCCUGCUGAACGGAAGAUCAGUCACGCUCGAGGUACCAGUUCGAAAGAGCGGUUGCAGAUCAGCGUCGCACGUGCUGGCGGCGCAAGGGGGCGAACUGUGGAUUGGUGCGUUGGGGGGGCGCACGCCAUACGAUGACCCCCCGGCGCUGUCCGAGGGGGCUGGUGGAAGAGUCACUGACUACAGGAUAAAGGAAUUCGGAGCCCUGAUGCAACAGAACAAGCUCCAACCACUCCGUGGCCCCGACGCGAAUGCGAAGGCCAGACAGAAGCUGCAGAGACACACCACCUACUGGCCACUCACCAUCUCAUCCACUCUCAUAUUCAACCUGGGAUCUGUAAUGGAGCCUCUCACCCGUCUUGUGGUACAGGAGUCCAUGACAGACGAGGAGGUGGAGACCUGCAGAGACGUGCUGGUGUCUCUCCUCGCCAUGGAGUCCCGGCACGAGUUCCCAGCUUCCCCGGCCUCGGCCAAUAUAAGGGGUAAGGGGAGUGGUCGCCGCGAGGAACAAUGGCGACAGAUAUGGGGGGAGCUGGAAGCGCUAAUUCGCGCCCACUCCGCUUCUCCAGGCCACCGAGCGCUGCUACGUACGCUGCUUGAGUGUCGGCCGCACACACACGCCGAAGGUGAAUCGAGAGCGUCGGUGAUCAGAGCAACCACUGACUCCCCUCUGUCCCCGGGCGCCGGUAAUGACAACAGCAAUGACGUGUGGGCCCCGCGGAACGCUCUGGACGCGUUGUUAGGGGCCCCGAGGCCCCCGCGACGACCCGACUUCGCCGGUCGGCUCGCGGCCGGCAGUAGGAUAGCGACGCUCUAUCCGCAACUACAGCAAGAUGUAGAGGCGCAGAACUGAAAUGAAGAUUAUCAUUUCAUUUUUAAUUAAAAAAUAUAUUUUGAAUACUACGUCUAGUUUCCGAUAUACUAUCUUGUUUAGGUCGCCGCUGAGGAGCACGGUGUCUGACAAGUCUGUGACGUCACUUCACUACACAUUAGCCACAGACCUGUAUAAAUACGCCUGGACAGGCUGUUCCAUAUGUUUGACAGCAAACUUUUUGUGCCUAUUUGAAGCGCCACUCGCGAGCGUUCAGAGAACUAAUUUUGACGUAUAAUACAAAUGGCUGCGAAGGAACGCACUCUCAAGUAUUUUUGUAUUUUGAAUUAAUUUCGUUCGUUAUCCGUGUUAUUUAUACUUCAAGAAUGAACGUAAUAAAGCACACAAUUUUUUUUGUAAAUAGUCUAUAGUUUUAGUACCGCAGACUCUCGCUACAUGGCUAACAGCGCCAAAAUGGCGAAUAUCAAACAGGCACAAAAGCACUUUGACAGCCGCCAGUACAGUGGUAGAGGUCAGUGACUUUAGCUGUGCGCAAUGUUAUGAUGUCACGCGGUAAUGGAAAAAUUCAUAUGCAUGUAAAUCUCCGCAUAAUUUUAAUAAUUAAGUACUAAAAUAAUUGUAACUUUUUUAUGCAAACGUUAAUAUUAGGUAUUUUUAAGCGAAAAAAUGGUGUUAAUAAAAUUAUACACAAAAAUAAAA